AUGAUCUAGAUCUAAGUAAAUAAUUAAAUAAAUAUUAAUUCAUUAAAAUAAGAAACUUAGGAAGUUCCAAUUAUAAAUGAAUAUGAAGAGGAUUAACCAUAGAUUAUAAAAUUAACUUAAAAAUAUUUACAUGAAAUGAGAAUAAACUAAAAUUAGAUAUACAAUUAUAAAAAGAACUUUGAAAACGAAAAUGAUUUUAUCGCUAUUAAUUUUGAUUUUACUUAAGUGGAACUAUAUUAAGACAAUAUUUAAACUCAAUUAGAAAAAGCAGAUUAGUGUGAUGGUUUUGAAUUAAUAGUAGAUUGUGAAACAUGUUAUGGUGAAAUUGGAUUGAAAGUAGUUUAUUCUUUGAAUGAUCUAUAAGGAAAUAGUAAAAGUCUAAAAUUAGUAAUUUCUAUUGUUGAUCCAUGUAAUAAUACUAAACAUAAUUUAGAUCAUUAACUUUGA